CCCAAAGACGUAAAUAGAGAAAUGUCAGUUGUCAAAUAAGGAAAAAUUAUAACUUCUUCUUCCUGAAAAAGUGGUUAAUUAGCAUAGUAAAUAGAAAAUUCCAGCAUGGGUGACAACUACUACUAUUCUCAGGAAAACCAGUGGCCUAACGCAUCUGCCAAUCGUUCUUGGAUUAAUUGGGCACAACAAUACAAUAAUGGAGAUUACAAGAAUUAUGAAAUGACCAGUAGACAAUGGGCAGAAUGGAACCAAGACAGAUUUAAAAUGCCUCCUCCAUCUCCCAGUCCAGACAAUACUCAAUCACCAGGUGCACCACCCCUUCCACCAGGGAGUUAUGAAUCUUUUCAAAGAUACAAUCAGCCACCCCCACCGCCCCCAACUACAUCGUAUCAGAGGUUUAAUGUACCGCCCCCACCUCCUCCCUCGCAUAAACCGGAAGCGGAAGCUGGACAAAGAUUCACAGUGCCUCCACCUCCCCAACAUUCGCCCACCAAAAGUGAUUAUCAACGUCACAGUAAUCAGCAAAGUGCGACUAGUUCUCCUUUCAGUAAUAGAAGCUUUGGACAAAGUCCUGGAAUGUACCCAUAUUACAAUAGAAGAUAUAACAAUCAAUCAGAGCACAUGUCCCCGCACCAAUCGUACUAUAAAAGAACAGGAUCGGAAUCAGGAGAAAUGGAAACCGGCAGGCCAAAGAAAAAGAAAAAACAGGCACAGAAAGCGCAGGAAAUUAAGUUUAAAGUGGAGGAUUGCGAAAAAGCUCUCGCCCUGGAAAAACGUCUGGAAACUACAAGUAAAAAUUCGUUAAUCAUAAGAUUUCCGGAUUUUGAAAUUACUAGAGAUAUGGUGAUGGAUUAUGACAGGAGUUCUAUAAGUGGUGUUUAUUUUCCCUCGCCAAUUAGUCCUAGGAUAUGUUUUUUGUCAUUAAAUCCUGACGCUGAUGCUGACGCAGUUAUAAAAAGAAUAAACAGUAUAAAACCGGUCGGAGCAGUGGAUUAUUUAAAAGCAGACUAUAAAUUAAACAAAAGCAACGAAAGAGAUGACGACAUUGAUCCGUUAACUCUUUAUGUAGGAAACUUAACUCAAGAAAUAACGAAAGAAGAACUAGUUAAAAUGUUUCCUCAUCACCGUAGAAUCGACAUAGGCUGGGCAAAAAAGAUGAAGUUCACUAGAUAUGCUUUUGUCUCUUUUAACACUAUAGAGGACUCUUUAAAGGCGUUUGAAAAUACAUUCAACAAAAUAAUGCACGGUAAAAGUUUGAUACUAAGGUUUAAGCGGUUCAAGGGUACUAAUGGCCAACCUGGCGAAGCUAAACCGCAGAACGGCCAGGAUAAAACGCCGCAAAAAGUGGAUGACGCCAGUAGCGAUCACCAUGACACUGAACAUUCCGAUGGGGAGUCCUUGUGUUCGGAAAAAUCGGUCACCGUUGACACCACUAUUGAUAUUAGCCAGGUAAAACAAGAACCUCCCGAAUACGACUAUGCGGACAGUGAGUACGAAGACCCGCCGUUUUUGAGCGGAUCGGUCGAUGAUGUUUUCGACAAAAUCAAGGAAAGUUUUACGUCAGGCAUAGUGAAAAAAGAAAAGACUGAAGACGGCGAAGGCGAAGAUACGACAACGAAAGAGAAAGAGAGUGGUCAAAAAAGCGAAGUGGAGAAUAACGGUAACAGCGACAAAGUGGUCGCCAAAAAGGAAAAAUCGGACUCGCCCUCUAUUGACGUUUUACCGAUUAUGAUUAAAAAAGAAUUACUAGCUGAACCCGAAAAAUCGAGAGCCACUGUUGAAAAACCAAAUGAAAGUAAGGAAGAUCAUUCACCUGGUAUUAAUAUAAAGAAAGAAGGUGAGGAAGAUGAUGAAGAUGAAGACGAUGGACUUGAUGACGCUCUAUUGAAUUUUGAAGAAAGGUUACAACAACUAAACCAGUACACAGAGAAAGUGAAGACAAUACGAGACGAAACAAAUCAAAAAAAGAAAAGCUUGGGUUUAAAUAGAUAGACUAAAAUAAAACGGACCUAAAAGUCCUAAUCUCAUAUCUCGGGUGAUAUGCAGUAUUAUGUAAAUGAUACUACUUAUUUUGUAAAUAUACUUUUAAUUUGUGAGGUUUUAAAAAUAAUUUUAAACAAGUAAGUUUUAUUUUAACCUAUAUUUAUUUUAUAGUUUCUUCAGUGUUUGUUAUUUAUAUAUGUAAUUAGCUUCUCUAAAAAAAAAAUGGAUACGUAAGUACAGGG